CGGCCGUGAGCGCUCGGCCCGGCUCGGUUCGGCCCGGCUCGGUUCGGCUCGGCCCGGCGGCAGCCCCGCGGAGCCAUGGACGGACACGCGGCUCCGGGCGCGGGCGGCGAGGAGCCGCUGAGCUCCGGCAGGAUGAACGCGAAGCGCGGCGGGCGCGCCGCGGAAGAGGAGAGCCGGAACAAGCCCAAGCUGAAUAUUCAAAUAAAAACUUUGGCAGAUGAUGUGCGUGACAGAAUCACAAGCUUCAGAAAAUCAGCUGUGAAGAAAGAGAAGCCUCUCAUUCAGCAUCCUAUUGACUCUCAGCCUUCCAUUAGUGAGAUCCCACAUGCCCAGGCACUUGUUGAUGAGCGCUGCAUGAACUUAUCAGAGAAAGAAGUUAUGGAUCUCUUUGAAAAAAUGAUGGAAGACAUGAACCUGAACGAGGAACGUAAAGCUCCUUUACGAGACAAAGACUUGAGCACAAAACGUGAGAUGGUUGUCCAGUACAUUUCUGCAACUGCCAAAUCCAUAGUCGGAAGUAAAGUUCCGGGGGGACUAAAAAACAGCAAGCACGAAUGUACCCUGUCCUCACAAGAAUAUAUCCACGAACUGCGCUCUGGAAUUUCAGAUGAAAAACUUCUUAAUUGCCUGGAGUCCUUGAGAGUGUCUCUCACCAGCAACCCAGUCAGCUGGGUUAACAAUUUUGGACAUGAAGGUCUUGGGCUUCUGUUGGAUGCAUUGGAAAAGCUUCUGGACAAGAAACAGCAAGAAAGUAUUGAUAAGAAGAAUCAACAUAAACUUAUCCAGUGCCUCAAAGCAUUUAUGAACAAUAAAUAUGGUUUGCAAAGGAUUCUAGGAGAUGAAAGGAGCCUCUUGCUGUUGUCAAGAGCAAUUGAUCCAAAGCAACCACACAUGAUGACUGAGACAGUGAAAAUCCUUUCUGCUCUCUGCAUUGUUGGAGAGGAAAACAUCCUGGACAAGCUUUUAGGUGCUAUAACCACAGCUGCUGAGAGGCACAGCAGGGAGGAGCGUUUCUCCCAGAUUGUGGAAGGCCUGGAGAACCACGAGUUCAUCCAGCUGCAGGUAGCAUGUAUGCAGCUCAUCAACGCCCUUGUUACAUCUCCUGAUGAUCUUGAUUUCAGGAUACACUUGAGAAAUGAGUUUUUGCGUUGUGGCCUGAAGAAAAUAUUGCCUGCCUUGAAAGAUAAGGAAAAUGACGAGCUUGAUAUUCAGCUGAGGGUGUUUGAUGAGAACAAAGAUGAAGACCACUUUGAACUGUCACAUCGUCUCAAUGAUAUCAAAGCUGAAAUGGAUGAUGUGAGCGAAGUAUUUCAUCUGCUGUACAAUAUGGUGAAAGAUACUUCUUCUGAAAAUUACUUCUUGUCAAUUCUCCAACAUUUCCUCCUGAUCAGGAACGAUUACUAUGUCCGACCUCAGUAUUACAAGAUCAUAGAAGAAUGUGUGUCACAGAUAGUGCUGCACUGCAGUGGCAUGGACCCAGAUUUUAAAUGCAGAGGAAGGAUGGACAUCAAUUUUACACAUCUUGUUGAUGCCUGUGUGGACAAAGCUAAAGUAGAAGAGAGUGAAAAGAAAGCAGCAGAAUUUUCCAGGAAGUUUGAUGAAGAGUUCACAGCUCGACAAGAGGCACAAGCAGAGCUGCAGAAACGAGAGGAGAAAAUCAAAGAACUCGAGACAGAAGUCAAACAGCUCCGGACCCAGGGUCCAGGCCUGACAGAAGUCCCAGGAAUACCUUCAGCCCUCCCAAGUGAGAACGUCCCACCAUCUCCAGCGCCUUCACUCCCUGGUGGAGCCAUCCCUCCUCCUCCUCCUCUCCCUGGUGCAGCAACAAUUCCUCCUCCUCCUCCUCUCCCUGGUGGAGCAACAAUUCCCCCACCACCUCCCCUUCCAGGUGGAGCAGUAAUCCCUCCACCACCUCCCCUUCCAGGUGGAGCAGUAAUCCCUCCACCACCUCCCCUGCCGGGUGGAGCAGCAAUCCCUCCACCACCUCCAUUACCUGGUGCAUCCUUUCCCCCACCGCCCCCUCCUCUGCCAGGUGGAGCCAUCCCACCGCCCCCUCCUCUGCCAGGUGUGCCCCCACCUCCCCCUCUGCCCGGGGGAGCAGGGCCUCCUCCUCCUCCUCCUCUGCCUGGAGGAGCAGGGCCUCCUCCUCCUCCUCCUCUGCCCGGGGGAGCAGUCCCUCCCCCGCCGCCUUUCGGGGGGCCCCCGCUGCCGCCCCCUCUGGGAGGGGCUCUCUUUGCCCCCUUCCCGGUGGUGCCAGCAUUGCCACACGGGAUGAAGGAGAAGAAGAAGUAUAAGCUGGAGGUGUCGAUGAAGAGAAUCAACUGGUCAAAGAUCGAGCCUCAAGAAAUAGGAGAAAACAGCUUUUGGGUAAAAGCUGAAGAAGAUAAAUUUGAAGACCCGGAGCUGUUUGCAAAAUUGGCACUUACCUUUGGAACCCAAAUGAAAGCCAAAAAACCUGUAGAAGAAUCAGAAGAAAAGAAAGCAGCUCAGUCAAAGAAAAAGAUCAAAGAAUUAAGAGUUUUGGAUGGAAAAUCUGCACAAAAUUUAUCAAUAUUUUUGGGUUCCUUCCGUUUGCCUUAUGAAGAAAUAAAAAAUAUCAUUUUAGAGGUUGAUGAGGAGAAGCUGAGUGAAUCCUUGAUUCAGAACCUGGUGAAGAAUCUUCCUGAGCAGAAAGAACUCAAUGCCUUAGCUGAAUUAAAAGAUGAAUACAACGAUCUUGCCGAGCCAGAGCAGUUUGGAGUUGUGAUGAGCUCGGUGAAGAUGCUGCGCGCGCGCCUCAACGGGAUCCUGUUCCGGCUGACCUUCGAGGAGCACGUGAACAACAUCAAACCUGACAUCAUGGCCGUGACCCUGGCCUGCGAGGAGCUCAAGAAGAGUGAGAGCUUCAGCAAGCUCCUGGAGCUGGUGCUCUUCCUGGGCAACUACAUGAACUCUGGCUCCAGGAACGCUCAGUCUCUUGGCUUCAACAUCAGCUUUCUCUGCAAGAUUCGAGAUACAAAAUCAUCAGAUCAGAAAACCACCCUGUUGCAUUUUCUGGCAGAAAUCUGUGAGGAGAAUUACCGGGACAUCUUAAAAUUCCCAGAUGAACUGCAGCAUGUUGAGAGUGCAAGCAAAGUUUCAGCCCAGACUCUGAAGAGCAACCUUGACUCGAUGAACCAGCAGAUCCAGCGCCUGGAGAAGGACAUUGAGAAUUUCCCUAAAACCCAGGAUGAGCACGACAAGUUUGUAGAGAAGAUGAGCAGCUUUGCUGAGAGUGCCCGAGAACAAUAUGAAAAACUGUCCAACAUGCACAACAACAUGACAAAACUGUAUGAAAAUUUGGGAGAAUACUUCACCUUUGAUCCCAAAGCAAUAAGCAUAGAAGAAUUCUUUGGUGAUCUGAGCAACUUCAGAACUCUGUUCUUGGAGGCAUUAAAAGAAAACAACAAAAGAAGAGAAUUGGAGGAGAAAACCAAGAGGGCCAAGCUGGCCAAGGAGAAGGCAGAGCGCGAGAGGCUGGAGAGACAGAAGAAGAAGCAGCAGUUGAUUGAUAUGAACAAAGAGGGUGACGAGACAGGAGUGAUGGACAGCCUGCUGGAGGCCUUGCAGUCGGGAGCAGCUUUCAGGGACCGCAGGAAACGAACGCCGCGAGCGCAAGAUAACAAACGAGUAACUUUGGAAAGGUCUCGUUCUCGACACAACGGAGCAAUUGCAGCUGUAUGAUUCUUCUGAUGCCAAAGAAUUAAUGAAUUGUUUUAUUUACAAUGAAAUGGAUGUGCUUUGGGAAGAGUUUGUCAUCCAAAUCGGCAAUGAUCAUAAAGGAAUACUGGGAUUGAUUAAAUGAGAUGGUGUAAGAAUAUGUAAUUUUAAAGCUGUUGCUAAAAAAAAAUCCACAUACUGUAUCUUAUUACCCCAACUACCAAGAUCUGUAAACAGUGUUAAACAGUAGGGUAUAUAUCUUAUUUUCUUAUGUUCUUUCUUUUUUUUUUUUCACCCCUUUUUGUUUAAGCUGGCAACUCACAUGAAAGGAGUUGGGGAUUUCUAGGUUAUGUUUUAUAUGGGUAAGAAAAUACACUUCUGUUGAAAGAGUACAGCUGUGGAUUCCAUUUGCAGUUCUGAUUUGAACAUGAAAGGAAAAAUAAUAAAAUUGUAUGUUAAUAAAUUCAGAGAUGAGCUGGUCUACAUUAUCAGAAUCUUUUUUGUAACCAUAAAAAAGCAACACACAGCCCCAGUGAGGUUGCUGAAAACCUUAUCUCAGUGUAAAGCCUGGUGGAUUCAGCUGUUUCAGCUGCCAGUAGGAUACACCACAUAUCUACACUUUUGGUGAUAUGAUGAGGUGUAGUUACUUAUCACUGCUAAAAAGAAAAAAAAAAAAAAACUAAAUAAAACAGAGCAUAGGAUUUUUUCCAAAAUUAUAUCAAGGGCAGAAUAUGUUUUUAACUGUAUCUAAAGAGGGACUUUUCUAAUUGUGCACUUAUAUAUUCUUUAUAAAGCUAUUUGGGGGAAAGUAUGAUUGUCCUAUUUUGAUGAUGCUAAAAUACCUGUGUAUAGGUUUUUAGAGACAAGCUACACGAUGAAGUUUUUCAGAACUGCCUCUGAGUUUUUCCUCUGUUUCUCAGGUAAAAUACGUAGCAGGGUCUCCACUGGUGGAUUUUCAGUGCUGAGAGUUCAGCACCUACCAACACAUUUCCUACCUGGAGCACUGCCUAGCAGUGACCAAGUCUGAUUUUUUGGGAAGCUCCUCCUGUUCCCCUUUGUGCCCAGGCCCUUGCACUGCAGUUCCUCGGGUGAGCAGCUGCCACUGUUUGUCCUGGCACUCCCUGGGGAGCCACUGUCCCCUUUGUCCCCAGCCUGGCUCAGGCCAGCUGCCCCAUCCUGGCCACUGAUUGCUCACCUGGAGGGGAUGGAGGAUUUUGAAGUGGAAUUCCAGUGGAACUACUGCAUAAGUUGCUGAGCUAUGAUACUUUUAAAGAAUCAGGAUGCUCUGUAGCAGCUGGCACUUGUUCUCAGAUUAUUAAUGCUUAUCACUGAUUGAUGAAAUUAUUGUGGAUGCUUUUAUUGCCUGGGGUUAGGGGGAACUUGGGGGUUUUUUUAGUGUCUGUAGAGGCUGUUGGGAAGGUGAGGUGUCAGUGGGUGCUGUGCACAAACUGCUUGCUCUGGAGGGACUUUGCUCCUGGGGCAGUGGAUCUUUGCACUACUGCUUGAGCCAAGCAUCUUUGUACAGUAGAUUCUUUUUGCUUCUCUGCUGAGAUCCUCUUAAAACUGUCAGAGUAGUCUGGGAUAAAUUCCCACAAUUACAAACUGCAUUACUGUAAGAAAAGAUACAGCUUCUUUUCAAUCUAGUAUUGAAUUGUAAUUUUUAUUUUUAUUUUUUCAAAGAAUACAGGGGGUUUGCCCAUAGCUCUAAACAUAGGAAUACCACUGAAGCCUAGUGAAAUGCUUGCUGUCAACUAAACACUCUCCCUAAACUGUUUGGGGGCUUUAGGAACAAACUGAAGAGUUUCAGGACAAAAGAAAAAAAAAAAAAAAAAGAAAAAAAAAAAAGCAUGCAACAGGAUUUUGUCUCCUUGUUUAUCAGUAGGAGCUAAAAAGAAUUCUAUCCUGUUUCGUGCAAGGUCAACAUCAGCCUUGUAUUGAAGCUUCUUUACAUGGAACUAUUAAAUUUACUCUUAUAAAAAUGUGCUUAAUGUACAAAGCCAGUUUAAAGGAUUAGGUUCAUAAUGUCUAUAAAAAUCAAUAGUGUCUUAGAAUUCAGAUUUUGAAAUUAGCAUUUUGCUGGGAUUUACAAGUAUUGGUAUAAUCUUUAUAUGUGAAAACUCAAAAGCUCUCCACAGAAUCUUUAUACGAUAGCAGUAGUUAUUAGUGCACAAGUUUUUCAUUUCCAUGGGUUAUAUUUUUUUUUUUUUUUUUGGAAAGCUCUGUGAAAGCUGGCUACAGAUUUUCAAGAACCAAAUCUUAGGAAAAAAAAGGCAAAUCCAAAAUAACAACAUCAUCUGAUGCGUCUAUUUUACUACUAUUUUUUUCAUAUUUGAAACAUUUAUAUAAUUUAAUGGACAUAUCUGUUAGAAGGAAAGUGUCUUUCAAAGGAAAACUAGUUUAGAAGAUAAUUUAUGUAAAUAUAGGGUGCUCGUAUUUAUGAAGUCUAAAAUAUUUUCUGAAAUUGAUGCUGGUCACUUUGUCUUUUGAUAGUUUUUCAGUCUAUAUUAAAUUGCAGAUAUUUUUAAUGUUUUUAUUAUUGAUCUAAUUUUCAGAGGUGUCACAUGUUUAUCUAGAAGUGUAGAAGAGUAGCACCUUUUUCAGAAAUGCACUUGCCUUAUUUUCUAAUUUAAAAAAAAAAUGAAAUAUAUCAGUUAAAUUAUAUUUGUAUUCAAAGUAAUCCCAGAAAGAAAAUCACUGGAGGGUUCAUACGUAAAUUUCUUGCUAAUUAUGUUUCACUCUCUGUCCUCUGAGACAUGACGUUAACAAUAUACCAGCACAUCUGUUUGCAUUCACGUUUUACAAGUACUGAGAGAAUUUUUUUUUUUUUGUUUUAAUGAUGUUACACUGUUUACAUUUCUUAGUUUAUUUAAGAGGAAGAUAAUUUUACCUUUGCGAUGAAUCGAACUCAACCUCCGAAUGUCAUGGGAAUGAAAUGUUUCUAUCGUGUACAAAUAACCAUAUCUGUGCUGAGCCCCUGGCUGUGCAGGGCAGAAAUGGGAAGGCACUGGGCUCCUUCUGCUCCACUUUUAUGCAGUUUACUGAGAGAACAACCUGCCCUGCCGUGGAUGUCUGUCUGGGAUUCAAAGGGAUCCUUUCCCAGCACACCCGUGGUGUUUGUGUGAAUCUGAUUAUUUGGCUAAAACCAAAACAGGAGCAGUGCCUCAGAGGGCACUGGCACACAGCUCCAGGGAGCGUUCCCAGGAAUAUUGGCACUUGUUCUGGUUUCAGCUGACUGUGCUCAGUAUCAGCAGUGGGAUCCAAAAUGAUCUGUUCUUCUUGAGAACUGAGAUGCAAGAGCGUUCCCACAGUUCCCUUCUGUAAUAUGCAAAUAAUCAUGAAUAUCUGUAUAUUUUUGCAUUUUUGUGUGUGGUAUAUGUACUACCUCAGACAAAUGCUGUAAAAAACAUAAUAUUUUCAUGGUUUCUAUCCAAGCCACAAUUCUUUGGUAACCUACUUUAAAUUCAUCCCACGGCACACCAAACUCUGAGAAUCUGGCUGAGUUUUAGGUUUGGCUCUGGAAAUCCUCCUAUAGCUUUUGUUAAGGAAACUUUGCAAGGUUCAGCUUUCACACCCCUCAGGCAAGCCCUGCUUCGAUGGGUGACUUCAGCCCUUCCUACCCUGAGAAUGAUCUAGCUGGUGAAUAUUUCAAACAGGUAACAGUUCUGUGGGAGCAAACUUCCCUGUGUAUGUAAAUUGCUUUUUUUUUUCCAUUCAGCAAAGGCUUGGCUGAGUUCUACUUUGCUGUUUGCCUUCCAAGUGCUGCAAGGUCGGGCAGGACAAGUGCUGAGCAGUGUCCAGCCCACCUCUGAUGUGCCAUACUGUAUUUGCAAGUUUAAACUCAUUUUUUAAAUAAGUAUUGUGAGAAACCUCUUCUUCUGCGGUGUCUCCGCACACGCCCACGCAUGCACACGAAAAUGUAAAUAAAAAAUAAUUAAAAAAAAAAAAAAAAAAAAAUUGAAUCAAAGCAGAUGCAGCCAAAUGCCUCAGCUUCAGGUGUCUCCAGGUCUCCUAGUGCUGCUUUUGUGCUCCAGGGAGGGAGUUGUGUGAGCCUGUGCAUCCUGCAGUCCUGCCAGCACCCACUGGUGUCACGGGGAGAGUGGGAAAGGAGAAGGAUUUGUUCUUGGAGUGCUUCUAGCACUGUUUGAGGUGAUACAUAUGCCACAGAACGUGAACAAUAACCUAGUACAGUUCAGUCAAUCUGCUACCAUGCACCAUUUGAUUUCCCUUUUGGAAGUCAUAGGACUCCUGAUGCCAAAAAAAAAAAAAAAAAAAAAAAUUUAAAAAAAAAAAAAAAGGUGACAGAACUCAUGCAUUUCUAUUUUUUAAACAGCUCUGUGUUUGUAUGUAAUGUUUAAAAUAGGAAUUUGAUGAAAUCACAGCCUGGCCAUUGUUAAUCCAUGUAUUCUGGAAACUGUAAUAAAGAUAUACAUACCAUGAUUCUGGUAGAUGCACCAAUGUUUUACUUGAUUAUCAUGAUUAUUUCCUAUUGAAUACCAUCACAUCAAAGCCUGGGUUUGCUGUAUAAAAUUGUCAUGCUGAAAUUACAUUCCAUUUUAGCUUACUGUCA